AUGGUGAAAACUCCUUAUAUCUUUGAAUUACGUUAUGCUAAGGAAUUUGCUGAGCAUAGAAAAAAAUGCAACAGAUUCCCAGCUGAUGUUGAAUUUAGAAUUAGAACAUAUGAAGAAUAUUACAUAACACAUGAUUGGAUAGAUUCUAAGAAAAAUCAGUUAAGAGAAAGGUUGUGGGAUUAUGUUAAAGAAUUGUUAAGGGAACGAGGUUACAAAAUAGUUGAUGACAGGCUUG